CCUUCCUCUGGAUCUCCCACACGUUGAUGAAGUUCUUGCCCAGCUGGGCGGACAGAAGGUACUGCCCGCCGAGGACGGUCAGGGCCCGGGCGGAGCUGUUCCCCCCUCGGUAUGAGAGCAGGCUGGAGCCGCUGUGCAGGUCGAACACGGUGCUGUUCCACAGCUGAGAGCCGGAGUCGCUGCUCACGAUCACCUCCAGAGGAGCCGCCAUGUUGUCUUCACCACAACACACUGCACACGCGGGAAACCGGCGGCCUGUCGGAAGUACGUCAUUGCAUUUGGUGUUUCAGAGGAGAAUCACCCUUCAUGAAGUGUUUCCUCUGUGAUGAUCCUCUCCUGGACUUGCUGCUGUGUCACCUAACCCCACUCAUCUCAGCAGAUGAACUCCAAUUGCAAACCAACGUGGGCGGGCUGAUGGGCUGAUGGGCUGAUCUCCACAUGCUCCACACCCACACACUUGACGCACACCUGGGCCCGCGUCACACCUGGUGAUGACCAGGUGAGCCUGCAGGAGGAGCUGAGGAGGAGCAGCUUCCUGUCUCUGCGUCUGGGGGUCCAACCGAACAGCAGAAUGCUCCAACACAGGCUGACCAACCAGAGGACAGACCUGGAUGGUAGCCUAUCAGAAAGCAGAGAUCACAAUGACACAGGCAGGUGUCCAGGACAGGGGGCAGGCCUUCACUGUACCUUGCUGUCUCACACCUGAUUUAAAUGUCUGUAAACAUCUGAGUUUCUUCAUAGUUUACCUUCGUAGAGAUACCCAGCUCACGUAACACUGACUGGAGUUAGUUUGGACCUUUGUUCAUACUGUCGGCUUCUUUGUGUCAGCUCGGUCGCCGCGGCAGCAGCAGUUUGAGGACGGAGCUUGUAUGAAGCGCCGCUGCGUUCCUCUGAGAGCCGACCACAACCUGCUGACCCCCGACACGCAUGGCCUGUCGGGGGUCAGGCUGCAUCCUGUUGUCCAGGUGAGGUCGGAGGUCGCGGCCUCUUUAUCAGGACGCCGGAAUGACUUAUGCCGCAGCGAAUUGGCCGCCGGGUCAAUGAAGCGGCACCCCCCCGCGACGGCUGCAAUUCGUUUUCUGAGAUUUGAGGAUGAGACAGAGAAAGAGGCCGAGACUCGCUACCUGGAGCGACAGAGGAGAUGGGUGGGGCAAAGAGGGACAGGUGUCCUGGUUUCCAAACCAGACCUCAACCUGUAUGUCAAUGGCAGGCUGGGGCCGCAGGGGGGGGCACAUGUUGUUGACAGACAGCAUAGAGAACAAACACUGGUGGAGAACCUGAACCUCCAUCUGCAGUCACCUGUACCUGAAGACCGGGGACGAAGUCUGUACAGGCCUCUCCUCAACAUGCGGACUGAGCCAAUCAGAGAGACCUACAUUGGCUCUGUCACACCUGGUGAGACCAGUGGAGAACGGCGUGUUGGCAACAGCCAGGUGAGGAGAAAGACAAAUCAGAUGGAAUUUAAUGGAAAUCAGGUGACCCUCUCUCAGGCCACGCCCACCACAGACCUGCCAAUCAACCCCUAUGCCCCCAACCAGCUGACCACUCCCACUCAGCCCUCAUAUUUAAGCUCACCGAUCUCCAAAUGCCCCUCCUCCUCGUCUCCGCCAACAGUGAUGUCACAGAGUAUCCGUGUGAAUGGCACAAAGGCAGGGAAGAAUCUGAACCAGGACCCGGAGGAGCCCGGGAGACAUGCUGCAGCCAAGCCCCACAGAGAGCUCCGACCUGCUGCAGAGCUGAAGGAGAUGACUCCCUGUGUGGAGGAGCAAGGUCUGCAUCUUAGGAUGAAGAACUCCUCCUGGAUCUCAGAGGCAACAGCUGACAGCCGAGCCCCGCCCACCUCAGACAGCAGCAGUGAUGGACAGGUCAGACAGCAAAUGAGAGCGGAACUUCACAGUGAUGACACCUCCCUUCCUGAACACUUCAUAAGAAGAGAUGAAUCCUCUCGUCUUUCCCUGCGACGCCUUUUCUCCACCGUCACACUGAGCAGGGCUCGAAGCGGCAGCCUCGACCGCUUCAGCUCACGGCUCCGCCCCUCAGCUCAUGAUCCCACCCCCUCUUGUCCCAGGACGUCCUCCAGCCUGCUGAAGAAAACCCUGUCCGUUCAGUCGCUCAGUGGGGGGUCGCCCUUCUUGCAGUUGAGAAAGUCGUCAUCAGUUCAGAAUUUUGGGUCAGACCAGAAGAGGAAGAAGGAUCGUUCAGCGGACUACAGACCAGCUGCUGAACAGCUCUUGCAACGCUGUCUCAGUCUUGAGGACGUAGGUCGUCCCUGUUCAGUCCGUUCUGUUGGUCGAGUUCUUCAGGUUUGUUCUGAUGGAACCUUUCUGUUGGAAGUCAGUCGACCAAAGAGCCGAAUGUUUGGAUUCAUAAUCAGCAGAGGGAGAGGACGACCUGACUCUGGUGUAUACGUGGAGGACAUGGUGGACAGCAGCACUGAGAAGUUGUACGCCGGCCUGCUGACAGUUGGAGAUGAGAUCCUAGAGGUGAAUGGGGAGAAGGUGGCCUGUCUCAGUCUUGACCAGGUGACCCACCUUCUGACCCAAAACCCCUCUGCCACCGUCCGGGUGCUCCGACACUGGAGGACAUCCCCACACAACUGACCACAACUCUGACUGUUCGUAACUAAAACCACCAUCCUGAGAGUACCUGACCCUCGCUUCAUAAUCAAACUACACCUUCUGGCACCUGGUCCAACCAGAACUGAUUGUCCUGAACAGAAAAAAUUACUUUACUGCAACCUGUUUACAUUGUGAAACAGCAACUGCUGAGCUGCUUCCUGCUCUGAGCGUAGCACAAACUGACUGAUACUACAACCCAUAAACAUCUGGUCCAAUGAGGACACAUGUAUCAUUCCAACCCACUUUAGAUGAAACCAAGGCAACCAAACUUCUGUAUGACCAAAGCCUCGACAGCUGCGUUCCCAUUACGUCCCUUCAGUUGCUGUCAUGCCAAAGCUAGGUAGCUAAUUUUUUGUCUCAUUUAUAGUUUGAUAAACAGCAAAUUCCUGAAAUUUUAUUUCCCCAUGUUGCUAUUUUCUAAGCUACUGUAGCUGCCAUAUUUCAUUGGACUCGUGAGUGGAAUCUCCAUGGGAAUACAGUAAUCCAGGUUUUCUUCAUUUGGAAUGGAGGUAAAGUAGUAGUAGUAGUAGUAGUAGUAGUAGUACCACCUAGAAUAGACACAACAAGGACCUCCACAGGACCCACCUCAGUUACCAUCUAGUGAAGUCACUGCUGAUAUUUAUUAGAGCUGCAGAGGUGCUACACAUCUGGUAUUCAGUCAUUUGCGUCUUUUCUCUUGUAAAACUUGUGAUGAAGCAGAAAAAAGCAGAUUGUUUUAAAUGCAGGAUGUGCUCAGUUCUGCCUCUAGUGGCAGAAAAACAUCAAGUUAGUAACCGCAGUGUCGGCGUUUUCUGCUCUCAAGACUCAGGAGGGCAGUUAUGAGCUCAUUACAACAAUGUUCAGGACUUAAACACCAGAGAUUUUAUGUAUCUGAAUAACAGCAGACGAUCAGAAGGUUAAUCUGCUGAUGAAAAACAUUUUCUGUUGUCUUCUUGUACUUUUCUUCACCUUCAGGGCUGCUGCAGGAUCCACAACAAUAUGUAAAGUUGACUGCCAUUAUUAUCAUGCUAACAGUGUUGUGAUGGGUCAUUUGGUGUUUCCUAUAAACAUUUAAAGAAUUUAAAGAAACCUCUGCAGUUUUCUGUCACAUGCAUUUUCAUGUUUGUUUAUAUUUUCAGACAAAUUAAAGAAAUUAUUAACUGUAGCUUCAUAACUCCUGUUGAAUUGUUCCGAGGUGGGGAGGAAGGGACAAAAUAUAAAUAUUCUGUUUUGUUAAAUAACUGU